AUGGCGUACCCCAAGAACGUUGGCAUUAAAGCCAUGGAAAUCUAUGUCCCAGCACAGUGUUUGGAUCAAACAUUGUUUGAAAAACAUCAAGGUGUUUCGGCUGGUAAAUAUACCAUUGGAUUGGGCCUUCAGUAUAUGAACUUUUGUACCGAUAGAGAGGAUGUCUGUUCCCUAGCUCUAACAGCUGUCUCUUCACUCCUCCGAAAAUUCGACAUUGACCCAAAUUCUAUUGGGCGUCUUGAAGUCGGAACUGAAUCACCCAUCGACAAAGCCAAAUCUGUCAAAUCAGUUCUCACUACUUUAUUCGAGCCACAUGGUAACACAAGUCUCGAAGGAAUCGACACGAUACACGCCUGUUACGGUGGUACGAAUGCCCUAUUCAAUGCGGUCAAUUGGGUAGAGUCUCGUUCAUGGGAUGGUCGAGAUGCCAUUGUUGUUGCAUCCGAUAUAGCCCUCUACAAAGAGGCCGCUUCUCGACCAACUGGAGGAGCUGGUUGCUAUGCUUGUGUCUACAUGACUCAUGCUUAUGAUUUCUACAAGCCGGAUACUAAAGUCGAGUUUCCUAUUGUGAACGGCCAUGAAUCUAUCGGUUGUUACAUUGGCGCUUUGGAUGCAUGCCACAAGAAUCUACUUGAGCGAAUUAAGGCUAGAAGCAAACGCAACUGCGAUGAGCCCAGCAGCGUGCCCAAGAAGGUUCUUGAACUUUUCGAUUACAUGGCAUUCCAUACUCCAAACUGCAAAUUAGUGUCUAAAUCGUUCGGUCGACUUAAGUACAAUGACUGUCUCAUAUCGACCGAUGAUGCUGAGUGGGUAGGUAUUCCCGAUGAACUUCGCAAGUUGAGCCAUUCGGAGUCUCUCAAGGAUAAGACGCUGGAAAAGACUCUUGUGUCAAUCACAAAGGAUGAGUUCAAGAAGCGUGUCGAGCCGUGCAUUGCUGGCCCUUCUUUAUGCGGUAAUAUGUACACAGGAAGUUUGUACUUUUCUCUCAUUAGCUUGAUAAGCAACAUUGAUCUCAAAGCUGCAGAAGGCAAAACCAUCGGCUUGUUCAGUUUUGGAAGUGGCAUUGCCAGCUCACUGUUUGGUAUGAAAAUUACCGGUGAUCUUACAGACCUGGUCCAAAAAGUCAAUUUGAUGGAUCGUCUUAAGCAAAGACACAUCGCGACGCCCGAAGAGUACGAAGAGGCUUGUUCUCUCCGGAAGAAUGCAUACGGAGCUAAGGAUUUCAAGCCUCUUGGCGAUGUGAACUUCCUGGCUCCUGGAACAUACUACUUGGAGAAUGUGAACGAUGUGUAUAGAAGAACUUAUGCCAUAAAGCAGUGA